AUCUUUCCUAUAAAACUACAAUAAUGGAAAGGCCAUUGAAUGUAGAGGUUGCUAAUGGCUGUAGACCAGAAGGAACAAAUGGAAGGUGUUGGAAAAAAGUCAUGGAUUUGGGAGAGGCUAAGACUCAAAUAAUGUUUGCAGUGCCAAUGGUGUUAUCCAAUGUUUUUUACUUCUCAAUUACUAUGGUUUCUGUCAUGUUUGCUGGCCACCUUGGUGAGGUCGAGCUUGCUGGUUCAACGCUUGCCAAUUCAUGGGCCACUGUUACUGGUUUUGCUUUCAUGACAGGUUUAAGUGGAGCAUUGGAGACCCUUUGUGGUCAAGGAUUUGGUGCAAAAAUGCACAAAAUGUUGGGGAUUUACCUUCAAGCUUCUUGCAUUAUUUCCUUCUUUUUCUCGAUUAUCAUAUCGGUUUUAUGGUCCUUCACUGAGCCAAUCCUUGUUUUGCUUCACCAAGAUCCUGAAAUCUCGAGAGCUGCUGCUGUUUACAUGAAGUAUUUGAUUCCUGGUUUAUUUGCUUAUGGUUUUCUUCAAAACAUAAUGAGGUUUCUUCAGACACAAAGCAUUGUUAUACCUUUGGUCGUGUUUUCUGUCGUUCCAUUGGGUAUCCAUUUUGGGAUUGUUUACAGUUUGGUAAACAAGACAAGUCUUGGUUAUAAAGGUGCUCCCAUGGCGGCUUCAGUUUCAAUAUGGAUAUCAUUUCUUUUAUUAGCUCUAUAUGUUCUUUUCGCCAACAAAUUUCAGAACACAUGGACCGGAUUCUCUUUCGAAUCAUUUCGUUAUAUCAUACGGAACUCCAAAUUAGCCCUUCCUUCUGCAGCAAUGAUUUGUUUGGAGGUCUGGGCUUUUGAGAUUCUUGUGGUCUUAGCUGGUUUGAUGCCAAAUUCAGAAAUAUCAACUUCAUUGGUUGCAAUAUGUGUGAAUACCGAAGCCAUUGCCUUUAUGAUCACAAUCGGCCUCAGUGCUGCAACAAGCACAAGAGUGUCAAAUGAACUAGGGGCAGGAAAUCCAAACCAAGCAAAGCAUGCCAUGGAAGUGACUCUCAAGCUCUCCAUCCUUCUUGCAGUAGCAGUUGUUGUAUCGCUAGCCUUGGGACAUGAUAUUUGGGCCGGUUUCUUUAGUGAUAGCCAUUCCAUAAACAAAAAAUUUGCAGAGAUGACACCGUUGCUCAUCCCCUCAAUAGCGGUUGAUGCCAUACAAGGUGUCUUAUCAGGGGCUGUAAGGGGAUGUGGUUGGCAACGUGUGACAGUAUUGGCUAACUUGGGGGCUUUCUACUUCAUUGGCAUGCCAAUUGCGAUUGUUCUUGGAUUCAAGUUUCAUCUAUAUGUUAAGGGUUUAUGGAUAGGCUUAAUAUGUGGUUUAUGCUGUCAAGCUUGCACCCUUAUGUUAAUUACAUUUUAUAAAAAAUGGGCAAAAAUUGAUCUUUUAGGAAAGGAUAAUAGUGAAACUCAACUUUCCGUUUAA